GUCCAUCAAACCGGGGUCUUUCCGCCGAGGAUUACCACGUGAAUUUAUGAGCAUGAUGGUCUACUGUAAAUGAGGCGAAGUUUUAUUGCUCAGAACUUGUAAUUAAGACUUCAACAGCGUAUUUUUCUUUAUCGGUAGAACAUUUGAGGGUGCAGUUGGGAAGCAAUGGCAACGUUUCGGAAGAAGGUGGACAAUCGCAUUCGUGUCCAGAUAGAAAACGGUGUCGCGCAACACCACCGAUCUAUGUUCGUUAUAGUUGGUGAUCGUGGCAGAGAUCAGGUUGUCGUUUUGCAUCACAUGCUGUCUAAAGCAACAGUCAGAGCCCGGCCAUCAGUGUUAUGGUGCUACAAAAAGGAGCUUAGCUUCAGCAGUAAUCGAAAGAAGAGGAUGCGACAGCUGCAGAAGAAGAUCAAAACAGGCACGCUGAACCUAAACCAGGAUGAUCCUUUUGAGCUUUUCAUUGCUGCAACCAACAUCCGAUACUGCUACUACAAUGAAACGCACAAGAUCCUGGGAAACACCUAUGGCAUGUGUGUUCUUCAGGACUUUGAAGCUCUCACUCCCAACCUCUUGGCUCGGACCAUUGAGACUGUGGAAGGUGGAGGCAUUGUGGUCAUUCUUCUGAGGACUGUGAACUCACUGAAGCAGCUGUACACAAUGGCAAUGGAUGUUCAUUCUCGAUACAGGACAGAGGCUCACCAGGAUGUUGUUGGGAGGUUCAAUGAAAGAUUCAUCCUGUCUCUCGCCUCCUGUAAGACAUGUGUUGUGAUUGAUGACCAGCUUAGCAUUCUGCCAAUCUCCACUCACAUUACCAACAUCAAACCUGUCCCUCCAAAGACACAGGAUGAUGGGCUGUCUCCAAGGGAACAAGAGCUGAAGGACCUAAAGGAGUCUUUACAGGACACACAGCCAGUUGGUGUUCUAGUGGACAGCUGUAAAACUAUGGACCAGGCCAAAGCAGUGCUGAAAUUCAUUGAGGCUAUUUCAGAGAAGACCUUGCGGAGCACUGUAGCUCUUACUGCUGCCCGCGGUCGAGGCAAAUCUGCUGCACUGGGAUUGGCUGUAGCCGGAGCUGUCGCAUUUGGCUAUUCAAAUAUCUUUGUCACGUCACCCAGCCCAGACAAUCUGCACACGCUGUUUGAGUUCAUUUUUAAAGGUUUUGACGCUCUCCAGUAUCAGGAACAUCUGGACUAUGAAAUAAUCCAGUCGUUGAACCCAGAGUUUAACAAAGCUGUGAUUCGCGUUAACAUCUUCAAGGAACAUCGCCAGACCAUUCAGUACAUUCAUCCUGCUGAUGCGGUGAAGUUAGGCCAGGCAGAGCUGCUAGUCAUCGACGAGGCUGCUGCGAUCCCACUGCCUUUAGUGAAGAAACUACUGGGGCCUUACCUUGUGUUUAUGGCAUCUACGAUCAACGGGUACGAGGGCACCGGUCGCUCUCUGUCUCUUAAGCUGAUUCAGCAGUUAAGGCAGCAGAGUGCAGACAGCCAGCUGAACCUCUCAGCUGAAAACAGAAACACCAGCACAGCCAGACUGGCAGCAGCACGAACCCUUGAUGAGGUGACCCUCCAUGAGUCUAUCCGCUAUGGCCAGGGGGACCCUAAAAAAAAAAACCUCUACAUUCAGCAAUGGAUUUUUGUUCAUUCUAACAUCAUGCUGACUGUCUCUCAUCUACCUUCUAGACAUAAGAUUUCUUUAAUCCCUUAUUCCAGUUAUUAUGUGAAUCGAGACACAUUGUUUUGUUAUCAUAAAGCUUCUGAAGCUUUCCUCCAGCGUCUUAUGGCACUUUACGUUGCAUCGCAUUACAAGAAUUCACCCAAUGACCUUCAGAUGCUCUCGGAUGCUCCUGCCCACCAUCUCUUUUGCCUGCUGGCCCCUGUUCCACCCACACAGAAUUCACUCCCAGAGGUCUUAGCAGUUGUCCAGGUGUGUCUGGAAGGAGAGAUCUCCCGCCAGUCCGUCCUCAACAGCUUGUCCAGAGGGAAGAAAGCUUCAGGUGACCUCAUUCCGUGGACCGUUUCCGAACAGUUUCAAGACCCUGAGUUUGGAAGCCUCUCUGGGGGCCGGAUCGUCCGUAUUGCAGUGAAUCCUGAUUAUCAGGGGAUGGGUUACGGCAGCCGUACGUUGCAACUGCUACAGCAAUAUUAUGAAGGUCAGUUUUCUCUUCUGGAUGAGCAAGAACAGACAACAACAAGCACAAUCACAUCUGUGAGCAGCGAGGCUGUCAGUCUCCUGGAGGAGGUGGUGUCUCCCAGGAAAGACCUGCCACCGCUGCUGUUGAAGCUGAGUGAGAGGAGAGCCGAGAGGCUGGACUACCUCGGGGUGUCUUAUGGUCUCACUCCUCAACUACUCAAAUUCUGGAAAAAGGCUGGUUUUGUGCCCGUUUAUUUAAGACAGACUCCGAAUGACCUGACGGGAGAGCACUCCUGCAUUAUGCUGAAGGAGCUCAAUGCUGAGGAGUCAACAGAGCAGAACCAGUGGCUCUCGGCUUUUUGGAAGGAUUUCCGGCGGAGGUUCCUCUCCCUGCUAUCCUUCCAGUUCAGCAAAUUUAGCCCAACCCUGGCCCUCAAUAUACUGCAGAACAAGAACGCUAAGGACGACAGCCCAGCAGCACUCACCAGUGCAGAGUUAGCGGCCACAUUCACUCCAUACGACCUGAAGCGUCUGGAAAUGUAUUCAAGAAACAUGGUGGACUAUCACCUCAUCAUGGACAUGAUCCCUGUUGUUGCACGCAUGUAUUUCCUCAAACAACUGGGAGACAUCACACUUUCUGUUGCCCAGUGUGCUCUACUGUUAGGAAUUGGGUUUCAACACAAGAGUGUAGAUGAGCUGGAGAAGGAGAUUGAGCUGCCUGGUUCUCAGCUUAUGGGCCUGUUCAACCGUGUCAUCCGUAAAGGGGUGCAGUUCUUCAACAUUCUUCAGGAGAAUGCGGUUGAAGCAGAGAUGGUGGCCACCAAAGAUAUAAGCAUGGAACCAACUGUGCAGACACUAAAUGAAGAUCUGAAUGAUGCAGCCAAAGAGUUCCAAGAGAAACAAAAAAAGGACAUGGAGAAGAUUAAAGACAUGAAUCUUUCAGAGUACAUGAUUCGAGGAGAUGAUGAGGAAUGGGACCAAGUGUUGAAGAAAGCAGGACAUACAGCUAUUGUUAGCAUAAAAGGUGACAAGAAAAGAAAACUGGAAGGCAUGAAUCAGAAAGAACAAUGGCAAAGCAAGAAUAUGAAGAAAAAUAAGGACAAAAAGAGCAAAUUUAGAAAGAACCCAUAAAAGAAAUGGACUUUAAAAUGAAAUUUUUGAAAUGUAUUUGUGUCGUCUUGUUUCUCUGGACAGUAGAUUUAUUCAAGACAUAAGUCCUAAUGAAAAUAUAAUUUUCAGUAAGAAACAAUUGUUUUAAAAAUUUUUGGCAAGACUCUGGCUCUGCAGGUAUUUUCAGUGAACAAACAAAAUAAAGUUGUACAUUGUUGUUUUUGUUUUAACCAUGGUGUAGACCUCAUAUUUUUCUGUGAAAGCUAAUUUCAGAAGCCAUCUGUAAAAUAAAUGAUAAUCUUAA